AUGGCGAUGAACAACGAGGAGCUGUACCCCGUUGGAAACCAAGAACCGAGCCAGCUGCCCUUUCCCCGUCCCGGUGAGACCAAAGCGCCCGGAGUUGUCACCACAAGAGAUUAUGACCGGAACAUGGAUGCAUGUAGGUGUGUAGACUACGGAGACGAUGGAUCCGCGACGUGGCCUAGAAGUGCCCCGAGAUCCACCAGCAGGCGGACCACUCCAAGGGAUGAAGAAAAUGACAGCCCCAUCGAGGAAGUGAGGCUAACGGUGCCCCCGACCGACGACCCGACCCAGCCUGCCCUGACGUUCAGGACAUGGGUCCUUGGGCUUGCUUCGUGCGUCCUCCUGUCGUUUGUGAACCAGUUCUUUAACUACCGUCAGAACCCGCUCACCCUCUCCUCCGCCGUAGCCCAGAUUGGGGUCCUACCAAUAGGGAAGCUCAUGGCAGCGACCUUGCCCUCAAAAACCAUCAAGGUGCCAUUAACAGGCUGGUCCUUCUCGUUGAACCCCGGCCCCUUCACCCUCAAGGAGCACGUCCUUAUCACCAUCUUCGCCAGCUCUGGCGCUGGCGGCGUAUACGCAGUCCAUAUCAUCACUUCCGUCAAGGCAUUCUACCACAAGGAUUUGCAUAUCAUUGCGGCCUUCUUACUAUCUCAGACAACCCAGAUGAUGGGAUAUGGAUGGGCGGGUCUGUUCAGAAAAUACCUUGUGGAGUCCCCCUACAUGUGGUGGCCUAGCAACCUUGUUCUGGUAUCUGUUUUCAGGGCUUUACACGAUGAUGAGAAGAGGCCUAGGAGAGGGACCACGAGGUUCCAUUUUUUCCUGAUUGUCUUCAUCUCGAGCUUCGUCUACUACAUCGUCCCAGGUUUCCUCUUCCCUUCGAUCAUGAACAUCUCAAUCUUGUGCCUCAUAUGGAAGGACUCAAUCACGGUCCACCAGAUCGGGUCGGGCCUUAAGGGGAUGGGGAUUGGGGCCUUCACCUUCGACUGGAACACGGUCGCAGCAUUCCUAGGGAGCCCACUAGCGACGCCCGCCUUUGCCAUUAUAAACGUGUUGGUUGGGUUCGUGAUCAUGGUCUAUGUUGUCCUCCCAAUCUUCUACUGGGGCAACAUCUACAAUGCCAAGAAGUUCCCAAUCAUAUCUCAAAAUGUCUUCGACUCGGAGGGCAAACCCUACAACAUCUCACGCAUCCUCAACUCGAAGACGUUUGACAUCAAUUUGGACGAGUACAAUAACUACAGCAAACUCUAUCUCAGUAUCUUCUUUGCCUUCACUUAUGGGUUGAACUUUGCCUCCCUAACAGCGACUAUUUCUCAUGUCGCCCUCUUCCAUGGAAAAACGAUAUGGCGGAACAUGAUUAAAGCUAAGGAAGGAAUGCAGAAUAACUUCGAAGAUGUGCACACAAGACUGAUGCAGAAGAACUACAAGCCAGUCCCCCAAUGGUGGUUCCACAUCAUCUUGAUCCUGGUCGUGGGCCUUGCCAUAUUUGCUUGUGAGGGCUUCGACAAGCAGCUCCAACUCCCAUGGUGGGGCGUCCUCCUCGCCUGUUUGUUGGCCUUCACCUUCACGCUGCCGGUCGGGAUCAUCCAGGCCAUGACCAACAAUCAAGUCGGGCUGAAUGUGAUCACGGAGUUGGUGAUAGGUUACUUCUAUCCUGGAAAGCCUCUCGCCAAUGUUGCUUUCAAGACUUACGGCUAUAUCAGCAUGUCCCAAGCCCUCUCGUUUCUCAGUGACUUCAAGCUGGGGCAUUACAUGAAGAUCCCUCCCAGAUCGAUGUUUGUAGCUCAGUUGGUGGGGACAAUAGUUGCCUCGACCGUCUACUUCAGCACCGCGUGGUGGCUCUUAAACUCAAUAGAGAACAUCUGCAACCCAGACCUUCUGCCCGAAGGGAGCCCAUGGACCUGCCCGUCGGACAAUGUGUUCUAUAACGCGUCCAUCAUAUGGGGGGUUGUGGGCCCGCGCCGCAUGUUUGCCGACCUUGGAUUCUACCCAGAGCUCUACUGGUUCUUCCUCAUCGGUGUACUCUGCUCGCUCUUCAGCUGGCUCCUCAGGAAGCUCUUCCCCAACACCAAAUGGAUCGAGUACAUCAACACACCCGUGAUCUUAUCAGCCACAAGUCUCAUGCCUCCGGCAAGGUCCAUAAAUUACACCUCGUGGGUGAUCGUGGGGCUUUUCUUUAACCUAUACGUGUACCGAAGAUACAAGGGUUGGUGGGCAAGACACAACUACAUUCUCUCAGCCGGGUUAGAUGCAGGGAUCGCCUUCCUUGGUGUGGCCCUGUUCUUCACCCUCCAGACGAAGGAUAUCUACGGCCCCGAGUGGUGGGGCCUGGAUUCGAGUGACCAUUGCUCGCUGGCCAUUUGCCCGACUGCCCCCGGGGUCGUGGCCAGAGGAUGUCCUGUCCUCUGAAGAUAUCGGCAUGCUGAUCGAUCGAGAGAUAAUCACUCUUCAUCUCGUAUCCUACAGAUGGAUCUAUCUCUUGAUAUAUUACGUGAUUUCGCAUGUAAAUGGUCAAUGCUUUUUCUCAGAUUAUCAGGACAAGAAUAUUGUGCCUUUUAUUUGUCAGACAAUUUAUUGCUUGGAAGAAAAAAUCUAUUACUUGUAUACUUUAACCAAAGUCAGGAAUCCUAAGUCAUU